AUGAUCAGUAAAGAGGCGAAAUCCUCUUUAUCAUCUUUCUGGUCUUCUUCAUCGUUCCUUGUUUUGUUAGCAGUGAUUGUACCUUUAGCUCUGAUCUCAGUUCUUGUUUUUACCUUGGGUCCGACUCAGUACUCUUCUUGGUCUCCAAAGCCGUCUCCAUUCACCUGGAGACUCGGUUUCACGGGUUCUUAUUCUUUUGCUUCUUCUUCAUUAGUAGAAACUGGGACUCCUCCCCAUGUAUUCAUCGCAAACGAAACCAUUCAACUGGGAGAAGACGAAAACAUAUUAAAGCAUAACCAAUCUGAUGAAACGACUCAAAUGGUUAGGAGAUACAGUAAUUUGGAGAAGCUUGAAGCAGGUUUGGCCAGAGCCAGGGCUUCCAUUAGAAAAGCUGUUUUAUUUGGGAACUUAACAUCAACCCGUCAAGACCCAGACUAUGUACCUCAAGGCCCAAUUUACAGAAACGAUAAUGCAUUUUAUAGGAGUUAUUUAGAGAUGGAGAAGCUUUUCAGGAUUUAUGUAUAUGAAGAAGGUGAGCCACCGAUGUUUCACAAUGGUAUAUGUAAGAGUAUAUAUUCUACCGAAGGAAGGUUCAUUCAUGAAAUGGAAAAAAGCGAUAACAUUUUUAGAACUAAAGACCCUGAUAAGGCCUUGGUUUAUUUUCUUCCGUUUAGUAUUGUGAUGAUGGUUGAGUACCUGUAUGUGCCUGGAGCCCAUGACAUCAAAGGCAUUCGUCGCUCUGUUGUUGACUACAUCAAUAUCAUUUCUACUAAACAUCCCUUCUGGAAUCGAAGCCUUGGUGCUGACCAUUUCAUGUUAUCUUGCCAUGAUUGGGGGCCAACAGCAUCAGCAUCGGUUCCUGAGUUAUCCAAUAAGUCCAUUAGAGUUUUGUGCAAUGCCAACACUUCUGAAGGUUUUAAUCCUUCCAAAGAUGCCUCAUUUCCAGAAAUCAACCUCCUGACAGGGGAAACCACUGGACUUAUCGGCGGCCCCUCCCCGUCUCGCCGUUCCCUUCUUGCAUUUUUCGCCGGCAGGCUACACGGGCACAUUAGGUACCUACUUCUAGAGCAAUGGAAAAACAAAGACCAAGACGUCCAAGUUUAUGACCAACUCCCUAAGGGUGUAUCAUAUUACUCUAUGUUAAGAAAGAGUAGAUUUUGCCUGUGCCCAAGUGGGUAUGAAGUUGCAAGUCCUAGAGUUGUGGAAGCUAUCUACGCUGAAUGUGUUCCGGUGUUGAUUUCAGAUAGCUAUGUGCCUCCUUUCAGUGAUGUUCUGAAUUGGAAAUCAUUUUCUGUGCAAAUAGCAGUAAAGGAUAUACCUAAUAUUAAAAAUAUACUUAUCGGCAUAUCUCAAAGGCAGUAUCUGAGAAUGCAAAGGAGAGUUAAACAAGUGCAGAGGCAUUUUGUGGUUAAUGAGUCUCCCAAGAGAUUUGAUGUUUUCCACAUGACUCUUCACUCCAUUUGGCUCAGGAGAUUGAACAUUCACAUCAAGGAUUUUGAUCAAUCUUGAUUACUUCAAAUGAAUGUUAUCAAUUUUUCCCUUUUUGUGGGAAAUGAUUCACUAUGUAUUCAAAACAAAACAAUAAAAACAUUAGGCCUUUAAAUUCUUUA